AUGUCGACAACAAAUUUCAGUAGCGGCAGGAGUCACACGAAAUCAUAUGAAGAACUGAUAUGCUCUCCCUCUUUGAUGGGUGGGCAUCAACAACUAUCAAUUUGUUUCUUGGCAGUUUACAUUCUCCUCUCCAUCACAGCAUUUGUUGGGAAUUCUCUCAUCCUUGUUGCCCUUUAUAAAGAAUCUUCCCUACAUCCGCCGUCCAAACUCCUGUAUCGUUGUCUGGCAACCACUGAUCUGUUGGUUGGUCUUGUUGCCCAGCCUCUCUAUGCUACAUAUUGGAUGUCCGUGUUUCAAGAACAUUGGAGCCGUUGUCGAUACGCCAGGGACGCAGGCUACGUCACAAGCUAUGUAUUGAUUUUAGUGUCUUUGAUGACGAUGACGGCCAUAAGCGUGGACAGACUUCUCGCCCUGUUGUUUGGGCUGAGAUACAAACAAAUUGUAACUUUGAAGCGCACGUAUAUCAUUGUAACUACCUUUUGGGUUUUUAACAUUGUCGCCUCUUUAUGUGGAAUUUUUUAUCCUAGUAUAAUCUAUUUGUACAGCUGCCUAGUUUCACCAUUUUGCCUGGUAAUAUCCUUCGCAUCGUACACAAAGAUUUUUUGCACUCUCAGAAAUCAUCAAGCACAAGUAGGAGACCAACAACGGACGAGCCAAACAAAUGCACUGAACAUGGCACGAUUCAGAAAGGCAGUGGACAGUGCACUGUGGGUGCAGUUAGCAUUAGUUGUUUGUUAUGCGCCAAUGUAUACAGUGGAAAUUGUGGUCACUCGCACUAACAAAUACUCAUUACUCUUAGUCGUCGUACGGAAAGUAGCAAUUAUUUUACUUUACUUUAAUUCGACUUUAAACCCGUUCCUAUACUGCUGGAAGAUUAGUGAAGUGAGACAAGCAGUGAAGCGGACACUGAAAGAAGCUCUUUGCUAAAAUAGGUCUUUCUUGAGUUGUUCAUCAGACUUUCAAAGCAGGCUUAUAAAGUCACGAUUAUUAUUAGA